CGCUACAGCCUCCAUUUUGUCGGUAGAGGCCGAGCGCUGGGUCCGGGACGCUGGAGAGGUCGGCGGCUGGCUGGUGCUUGUGGCUGUGUGGGCUCCGCGCGUCGUCUCUCCCUGAAAAGGGAGGCAGGCUUGGACUUCGGGGUAGCAGCGGUCGGAGCUCGAGCUAGGACUUUUUUCGAAUUUGUGUGCUGAGGAGACUCAGAUGUUGGCCUCAGCUCCUCGGCUGAACUCGGCAGAUUGGCUCAUGAAAACUGCACUGAGACAAAGGAAAGGGUCUGGCAGAAGGCAACAUCUAUUAUCCUGGGCUUGGCAACAGGGAAGAGGACAAGCAGUGCAAACCCUGCGAUCUGAAAAGCAGACGGAAAGGUGACAAAAAAGCUGAAGAUGGGUGGUGGAGAGAGGUAUAACAUUCCAACCCCUCAAUCUAGAAAUGUUAGUAAGAACCAACAACAGCUGACUAGACAGAAGAACAAGGAUCAGAAUUCCCAGAUGAAGGUUGUUGUUCACAAGAAAAAAGAAAGAGGACAUGGUUAUAACUCAACAGCUGCAUGGCAGGCCAUGCAAAAUGGGGGAAAGAACAAAAACUUUUCAAAUAACCCAAACUGGAAUACUAGCUUAUCAAGUCCCAGCUUGCUUUUUAAAUCUCAAGCUAAUCAGAACUAUGCUGGAGCCAAAUUUAGUGAGCCGCCAUCCCCAAGUGUUCUCCCCAAGCCACCAAGUCACUGGGUUCCUGUUUCCUUUAAUCCUUCCGAUAAGGAAAUAAUGACAUUUCAACUUAAAACUCUACUUAAAGUACAGGUAUAAGAUGAAGUAGUAAUGUUUAAAUUCAGUCAUGUUUACAUAUAGCCACCAGUUGGUCUGAAAUUCAUUAGGGAAUUGUGUAAAAUUGCUAAUUUACAGAUAUAAUCAGCUAUUAUGUGCUCUGCACUGUGAUGUAAUAGUGUCCGUGCAACUUAGAAUAACUAAACAAUUGUACUCGAUGGAGUUGCUAACUAAAUUCAGGUUUACAUGGUGAGAAAUGGUAAUCUUUUCUAUUGUCUCGGAAGAAUUUUAAGAUUCAUUGGUUUAAUGUUAAUAGACUUAUCUGCAGUGAAUUGGGUGACAGGUGUCAGUUCAGAUAUACAAAGGAAAACAAGUGGAUAUUUCAGUUAAAUGUUCUAGGGAGACUAUAACAACCAUUAAUCUACUGCCAAAACACGGGAAAUUUUUUUGGGGGGGGGGUCUUUUUUUUGAGACAGGGUCUCCUUGUAGCCCCAGCUGUCCUGGAACUCACUAUGUAGACCAGGCUGGCCUUGAAUUCACAAAGAUCUGCCUGCCUCUGCUUCCCAAGUGCUGGGAUUAAAGGUGGGCACCACCACACCCGGCAGGAAGUUUUCUUAAUGGUUGCAUCUUAAUAAAUUGUAGUGGUGAAUGUAUAAAGGGCAGUUGGGACUUACUAGAAUGAGGUGCAGUGGUCAUUUCUUAAAAGCAGUAGAUAGGCAUUUCACAGACCAGAUGCACCAAUACUUUUUCAGAAGCAGAAAUAGUGUUGGAGGUCACUGAAUAGCUUUCAGAAGGAAAUUUUGUAUUGCACGAGCUAUUUUGGGUGAUCUGGUCUCAUCCCUACAAAGCUUGCUAGAACCAGGGAGCUUUAUGAUGUGAAAAAUCUAAGUACCUAGGGAAGAAGAGCCAUGUAAAUUAUGUAAUAAGCUUGUAACAUAUGUAAAGUUUUCUUGGCCUUUGUCCUAUGAAAUAGACUAUUUUUAAUAUGAAUUUGAUGAAUGUAAGACCAUGAACUGUUUUUACACUACAGUCCCCAGUUGAUUUUAAAGACUGCCCCCAUGUUUAAGUGUCAGUGUGUAACUGAUUUGAUUGUACAUUAUACUUCAAAGUAAAUCUUAUUAUUGUAAGUUUUAUAACCAAAAAGAUAUUGUCUGCAUUAAACAUUUCCUAUUUUUGAGAGAUGUAAAAUGCAGCACAAGGCUCCUGCUCCCCCCAUCUUUUAAACCCAAAGAUUUAUUAUAACAAGUUAUUUUUCAUUGUUACAAGCAAAAUAGCUCCAUUUCUUCAAAUAAGUUCAGAUGAGAUACUGGCCGAAUUAAACACUGAAUAUCCUCAAGGACAAAUAUGUAGUCUUAAAGCACAUAAUCUUAAUUUGGAACAUGAAAUAAAAAUUUACCCCCUCA